AUGAAUAUUGGAAGUUUGCUAUUACGUCAAGUUUUACCAGAAUUUAUUGGACUUGAAAAUUCUGAUACAACAACUAAAGAAGCAAUAAUGAAUUUUUCAUAUUACAUGACAGUUAAUAAAAUGGAUGAAGCAUUUAAAGCUAUUAAAUUUAUUAAAAGUGAAAAUGCUUGGGAACAUAUGGCGCAUAUGUGCGUCAAAACGCGACGUCUUGAUGUCGCCUUGCUAUGUCUCGGAAAUAUGGGACAUGCAUGUGGUGUACGAGCUUUAAAAAAGUCAAUGCAAAAUAAUGAUCCACUUGAUGUACAAGUAGCUAUCUUAGCUAUUCAACUAGGCUUACUUGAUGAAGCACAAGCACUUUUUACUAGUUGUGGUCGAUAUGAUUUAGUCAAUCGUCUUUUGCAAACACGUAAUCGUUGGGAUGAAGCAUUUGAAAUUGCUGAAAAGUAUGAUCGAAUACAUUUACGGAAUACAUAUUACAAUUAUGCAAAUUAUCUUGAAUCGCUUAAUUUAACUGAUGCUGCAAUUGAAAACUAUGAGAAAUCAGGUACGCAUUGUUUCGAAGUACCACGAAUGCUAUUUGAUCAUCCUAAAAUGCUUGAAGCAUAUGUCAAGAAAACGAAACAUCCAGGUAUACAAAAAUGGUGGGCUCAAUAUAUGGAAAGCAAAGGUGAUGUAAAUGCAGCACGUUUGUAUUAUCAAUAUGCUAAUGAUUAUUUAUCAGUUGUUCGUUUACUUUGUCGUAGUAAUAAUAUAGAUGAGGCAGUUGAGAUGGCGAAUAGUAGUGGUGAUAAGGCAGCUUGUUAUCAUUUGGGACAAUAUUUUGAAGCACUUGGUGAUCCAAAUAUGGCGGUAAUGUUCUUUACAAAAGCACAUGCAUGCAGAAAUGCAUUACGUCUUGCUAAAGAAAAUAAUAUGAAAGAUAAAAUUGCUAAUCUAGCUUUAAUGGCUGGUGGAAAUGAAUUAGUUGAAGCAGCACAAUAUUAUGAAAAUAUACCGGGACAAGCUGAUAAAGCUGUCAUGUUAUAUCAUAAGGCUGGUAUGAUUAGUCGAGCACUUGAUUUAGCAUUUCGUACCGAACAAUUUAGUGCAUUAGAUUUAAUCACCAAUGAAUUGGAUGAAAAUUCGGAUCCACGAAUACUUGAACGAGCUGCGGAAUUUUUCAAAAAUAAUCAACAAUAUAAUAAAGCUGUCCAACUUUUAGCUUAUUCGAAAAAGUAUUCAGAAGCAAUUGAUCUAUGCAAACAAAGAAAUGUUCCAAUGAGCGAAGCACUAGCUGAAGCAUUAACACCUUCAAAAGAAGAAAUAUCGAAUGAUGCUGAUCGGAUAAAGCUUUUGGAAUCAGUAGCCAAAUGUUGCGUACAACAACGUAAUUAUCAUCUUGCAGCAAAAAAAUACACACAAGCCGGAAAUAAGUUGGAUGCUAUGCGAUCAUUGGUUAAAUCAGGUGACACUGGAAGGAUUGUAUUUUUUGCGACAGCAGCAAGAAAAAAAGAAAUUUAUAUUCUAGCAGCUAAUUAUUUACAAACAUUAAAUUGGAAGGAAGAUGGUGACCUGAUGAAACAAAUUGAAUCAUUUUAUAAUAAAGCUAAUGCAUAUGAACAUUUAUCGAGCUUCUAUGAAGCUUGUGCGCAGGUUGAAAUUGAUGAUUAUCGUGAUUAUAAUAAAGCAGUCGAUGCAUUUAAUGAAGCAUUACGUUGUAUUACAAAAGCAUUACAAAACAAUCCUAAAAAUGAAGAAUAUUUAACGGAAAAACAAACCGAAUUAUAUCAGGCUAUUGGAAAUCUUAAGGAAUUUAUUCAAAUUAAAACUGUUUACGAAUUGGAUCCCACUGAUGCAAUCCGGCAAUUAGAAGCACUUGCAGAUGAUAAACAAGCCUGCAAAAAUAUACGGAUUGGUGAUAUUUAUGCUGUGAUGAUUGCAUACAAUAUCCAUAAGACAAACUACAAAAAAGCUUACUCAUUGAUACAACAAUUGAAAGAACGUGAGCCACAUAUCAAGUUGAGUCAUUAUAUCAGCAAAGAAGUACAAGAUGUUAUUCGUGAUGAGUUAAAACUACCAAGUUUCAUUAAUGAUGACAAAAAUGGGUCAGAAGCCGAUGAAGAACAACGACUGGAUGAUGAAGUGGAUUAUAGCUAUGCAAUGAAGCGACAUUUUCAACGAGACAGUAAAACAUUCGAUGAAGAGGACAUUGAGGAUACUUUGAAGUAA